AUGCUGCUGCUGCGGCUCCAGCGGCCCCUGCAGCAGCAGCAGCAGCAGCAGCAGCAGCGGCUGCUGCUGCAGCUUAGCUCAUGGAGGUGUCGAAGCACUGUAGCCUUCCCUAGCUAUGCUGGUGUACCCCAGCAACAGCAACAGCAGCAGCAACGGCAGCAACAGCAGCAGCAGCAGCAGCAGCAACGACAGCAGCAGCAACAGCAGCAACAGCACAACGAGGGAGAGAAGAGUACGCCAAAGCGCCUUCAACAGCAGCAAACACACCAGCAUCAACUGUCUACCAGCAACAGCAACAGCAGCAGCAACGGCAGCAACAGCAGCAGCAGCAGCAGCAGCAACGACAGCAGCAACAACAGCAGCAGCAGCACAACGAGGGAGAGAAGAUACGACCCCCAGGGCCCCACCCCGCAGCUGCUGCCGCACAACUACCUGCAGUCUAUGCAGCAGAGGCUGCAGCAGACUGUGCAGCGUUUUGUCUUUUCGAGUGCUGCCUCAUUGAUUGUGCUGCUGCGGGUGCUGCAGCAGAAACAGUCUAUGCAGCAGAGGCUGCAGCAGACUGUGCAGCGUUUUGUCUUUUCGAGUGCUGUGAGGAUCCGCAGCAUCCUUCGCAGCAGCAGCAGCAGCAGCAGCAGCAGCAGCAGGUUUGGUGGCUGGUGCAAUUCGGGCCUCAUUGAUUGUGCUGCUGCGGGUGCUGCAGCAGAAACACAGCAGCAGCAGCAGCAGCAGCAGCAGCAGCAGCUCGAGUUGCUGCAGCAGGCCAUCCCCCGUGUGUUGCUGCUGCAUCCACAGUACGACCCCCAGGGCCCCACCCCGCAGCUGCUGCCGCACGACUACCUGCAGCAGCAGCAGCAGCAGCAGCAGCAACAGCAGCAGGCAGCAGCAGCAGCUGGAGACAGAAGGGCCCAACGGCGGCAGCAGCAGAGACUGCAGCAGAAGCAGCAGCAGCAGCAGCAGCGGAAAAGUUCAUCUAAUCCCCCCUUUAGCCCGCAGCUAAACGUGUCUCCUGCUGCAUCUGCUGCUGCACUGGAGACAGAAGGGCCCAACGGCGGCAGCAGCAGAGACUGCAGCAGAAGCAGCAGCAGCAGCAGCAGCAGCAGCGGAAAAGUUCAUCUAAUCCCCCCUUUAGCCCGCAGCUAA